AUGGAGGCGCCACCGUCUGUGGAGAUCACCGACGGGCAGCGCCUUGAGACUGAGCAGCUGCAGGACGAGAGCAGUAUGGAUGGAGUACAGCAGACAGGGGAGCAGCAGAUUGGGGAGCAGCAGACAGGGGAGGAGCGGAUUGAGGAGCAGCAGAUGGUGGACCAGCAGCUAGGGGAGCAGCAGACAGGGAAGCCACCUGGAAACCCCAAGCCGCUCCAUGCAGCAGCAAAUCAGCGCCAAGGCGGAGUUUCCCGCCACAAGGGGAGCGGAGGAGCAGUUGUCAACAGCGCAUUCCGCGCAGCCAGCAUCAACGGCGUGGAGAUCCGACAUCGUUCCAGUCACGAGCGCCGCAGGCGGGGCAGCCGCGGCCGCACCAUUGUCACGUCAGCGCACUCGCCACAGCGCAGCAGUGGCGCUGGAAUGAAUAACGGCCCAGGUGCGAUGGCGACUUCCCAGGCGUCACUGUCACACUUGAGCGGGGACAUGCGCGGGGAGUUCCGCAAGGCUGGAGCCUCUGACGUGGUGUUGCACAGGAGGAAUGGUGGCAGUAAUAGAAAUGAGCAGGGCGUGAAUGAUCAUGAGAUUGUGGGGAUGGCCGCAUUUGCACAGAAUAGCUCGGCUGGUGGUGGUGAUUACAGUGGUGGUGAUUACAGUGGUGGUGAGUACAGUGGUAGUGAUUAUGGUGGUGGUGACUAUAAUGGAGGCAGCCAUGGUGGCGAUAAUAAUGGAGGCAACAACGAUGAUGACUAUAAUGGUGGUGUAACGGUGACUGGUGAAAACGGUGGUGACUAUCCUGGUGGUGACUUUAGUGAUUUUGUCGCUGUUGACAGCGUUGUUGUCAAUGGGGAGGGCUGCCGCUGUGUUGGUGGUGAUGGUGGAAACGGCGACAGUGGAAACGGCGGUAGCGGCGGAAGCAUCGACAUCACCGGGAUUCUCGAGGAGCACAACAAGGCACGAAAGGAAGUGGGUGUGCCCGACCUGGCGUGGGAUGAGAAAAUAGCAGCAUCAGCACAGGCAUGGGCAGCCUUCCUGGCAUCCCUCGGUUGCCCUCUGGAGAACAAUGGAGAAGAGGGGUUCGGGAAGAACCUCUAUUGGCUGUCGUCCGCAGAGCUAACCCCAAGGGAGGAUCGUAGGGCGGUGCAGUCAUGGGUGGAAGAGAAGGCGGACUGGACCCCCAGCCCGGUUCCUGAUGGGUGUGCGGAAGGCAAGAUGUGUGGGCACUACACGCAGGUGGUAUGGCGCGAGACCACUCGUGUCGGCUGCUCCUCUGCUCAGUGCCCUGAUGGCUCGGGCAUUUGGGUGUGCGACUACUUGCCCCCGGGCAACUUCGCUGGUGAAACUCCUUUCUAG